UCUAUUCAUCAAUUUCUUCUAAAUAAAUGCACUGAAUUUAAUCUUGAAGGUAAGAUUGUAUGUGCUGUUACUGAUAAUGGUACUAACAUAAUUAAGGCUAUGCAAUUAUGGAAUGUUGUAAGACUUCCAUAUGCUGCGCACACUUUGCAAUUGACAGUGAAUUUUGCUCUGCAAAAAAUUCAUCCACAAACCAAAAAAAUAAAAAAAUUAGUUAAUUUUUUUAGCUCAUCAAAACAACAAGAAAGGUUAGAAAAAGCCCAAAUGAUGGUCAUGGAACAGGAUUGUUUGUCUUUAUCCAGUUCAAUUGAUAUUGAGGUUUAUUUUGAAGAAGAAGAGGCAGGUAAAAUUGAUGAUGGUGAUAGUAUAGAAUUUGAGGAGCAAUUAAGUGAAAAUAUUAUUACUAAACCUCUUCAUCCAAUUAAAGAUUGUCCAACAAGGUGGAAUUCUAAAUAUCAGUCUUGGAAAAGACUAUUAAAAUUAAAAGAUGCAAUUAUUUGGUUAGAGGCUAAUUUAAAUAUUUCCCGAAAUUUGGAUGACAAAAAAGAUGAAAAAAAACUUA